GGGCUCUGUUGCUCUCAGUCACUGUUGCAGCUCUGCUUUACCGAGAAAUACUCCACGGGUUCUAAGCGGGACCGGAUCGACUCACGUUACGCUUCAUCAACCCCGAAAACCUCCAUGAUCCACACCUGGACAAGCGCUUGACAGCUCAGUAAGAUAAAUAGAGGUUACUAUGAGGACUGAUGCAGAGGUGCCACUCCAACAGAAGGGGGCUGCUGUCAGCAUGCCAGAGUCAGCCUCAGAUGGCAAAAUGAACAAACAGGAAAACAAGUCUCAAGAUGACCACAGAGAUGCAGAAGACACUUCAGGAAGAACGACGCCUGGCAAGAGCCCUAAAUCGCCUCAGAGAGCCUCCAAACGCUCUAAGACUGUUCCCUUUAAAGUCACUCUUAUGGACAGCUCUGAUUAUGAAGAUAACAUUGAAAAACAGUGUAAAGGACAGCUUCUCCUGGACCUGGUGUGUGAACAUCUAAAUCUGUUGGAGAAGGACUACUUCGGUUUGACCUUCAGUGAUUCAGACAGCCAAAAGAACUGGUUGGAUCCGUCCAAGGAGAUCAAAAAACAGAUGAGAACUUCUUCUUGGCAUUUGACCUUUGCUGUGAAGUUCUAUCCACCAGAUCCUUCGCAGCUCAUGGAAGACAUUACCAGGUACUACCUGUGUCUGCAGCUGCGAAAUGACAUCCUCUCCGGCCGUUUGCCCUGCUCUUUUGUCACACACACUCUGCUGGGUUCCUACACUGUACAGGCGGAGCUGGGAGAUUAUGACCAGGAGGACCACGGCUCAGACUACAUCAGUGACUUCCGGUUUGCCCCAAAUCAGACCCGCGAGCUGGAGGAGAGGGUGAUGGAGCUACACAAGACUUACAGGGGAAUGACACCUGCAGAAGCAGAAGUGAACUUCCUGGAGAAUGCUAAGAAACUUUCCAUGUAUGGGGUCGACCUGCAUCAUGCUAAGGAUUCAGAAGGAAUUGAUAUCAUGCUGGGUGUGUGCGCCAAUGGUCUAUUGAUUUACCGUGACAGGCUAAGGAUCAACCGCUUUGCCUGGCCAAAGAUCCUCAAGAUCUCCUACAAAAGGAGCAAUUUCUACAUCAAGAUCCGCCCUGGAGAGUACGAGCAGUUUGAGAGCACAAUUGGCUUCAAGCUCCCCAACCACAGAGCUGCAAAGAAACUAUGGAAGGUCUGCAUCGAACACCACACCUUUUUCAGGCUUGUGUCUCCAGAACCUCCCCCAAAAGGCUUUCUAGUAAUGGGCUCAAAGUUCAGAUACAGUGGGAGGACCCAGGCCCAGACACGACAGGCUAGUGCUCUCAUCGACCGCCCUGCUCCCCAGUUUGAGCGCUCCACUAGCAAGAGAUAUCUCCUUUCUCGGAGUCUAGAUGGAGAAUUCUCAAGACCGAUCUCAACGCUGGGUGAGAUCCAUGACGGCCUGUCGCAGAAGAGUGAGAGCGAGCAGCCACUGUGUCUGUCUGGAGAUGAAGCUGAACCUGACCUCAGUCUGGAUCAAGACCAGGAUCAGGACCAGGAUCAAGACCAGAGCAAGAGCGAGGAGAUGGUCACGACCCCUACCAGGAAAAAAGAAAUUAAGUUUCUAGAUAAGUCAGAAGAUGUUCUCCUGAAGCACCAGGCCAGCAUCAAUGAGCUGAAGCGAGCCCUGAGAGAGCCCAAUAGUAAGCUGAUGAACCGGGAGAAGUGUCUGUCAGAGACGUCCCCAGGCAGCACUCCAGAAAAAAAAGCACCCCCUGUUGCCAAGAAAGAUGCCAGUGCUGUGAGUGCCGCCCACAUCUUGAGAAAAGUGGAACCGCAUUCCAAUGGCUCCGAAAUGCCUUGUGCUGUUGAAGAGGUCUCUGAUCAUCAGUCUAUGCAGGAGGAUAAGACUAUUGUCAACUGCAAGGAGACUAGUUCUGACGUCAUACAGCCACAGAAGGUAAACUCGAGACAGGAAGAGGGCAGAGUUAAGGAGGUUAAAGAGAACGGGUCCCCUGUAAGGACAAACAGUCUGGCAAGAGAUUUUGUUGCCUCUCCUCUCACCGUCACCACAGAAAACGUUACCUCAGCCACCACGACUCAAGUGACGAAGACAGUGAAAGGAGGAUAUGCAGAGACCAGGAUUGAGAAAAGAAUUGUCAUAACAGGAGAUGACGAUGUGGACCAGCAUCAGGCUCUUGCAAUGGCAAUACAGGAAGCCAAACAACAGCAUCCCGACAUGCUAGUGACUAAGGCAGUAGUGGUCAGGGAAACAGACUCUUCCUAUGAAGAGAAACAUCGGACAUCUGAGUCUUGAUCACUAGAGGGUGCUGUUCGGAUCAGUGACAAGAAGAUCAGCUCUGGAUGGAUAUCAAUUUAACUUUAUAUUUCAAUCAAGAGAAGAUGACUUACGCUACUGAAAAAUGUACACAACAAAAACACCCAUGUGUUUAGCUCCCCCUAACUACUGCUUUGGCCCCCUCUGUCCUUCUGUUUAGCCAAACCCCAGGCCAACAAUAUCCCAUUUUCUGAUGUCAAUACAAUGUACUGUACCAUGCAGAGUACUUACCUUCAACUAUAACAACCGUAGUCUGAGUCAACUGCCUGAAUUGUAUACAUGUCAAUAGUUUAACCUUAUAUUUAGAAUGAAUGAAAAAAAAUAUAUAUACUGAAAGUGUUGGCAAAAUUACCCCAUGCUGUCAUGUAUGCACUUGUGACUUGAUCAGUCUUAGGUCCCAGAAUUAAACUGAUCUUUUGUUGAUUUAUUUUUUUUUUUUUUUUUAAUAACUCAUAAAUCUUGUCCGACAAAUUGCCACUACUCCAUUAUUUUUCUUUUCUAGCAUGUACUAUAUAUUUCUCAGUUCAUAAGAACAUUGUCCAGGAGAUUCGGUCUUCCAUUAUGGAUUCAUGCAUGACUUUUAAGGAUUUCCCGGAAGAACGUUUACAGAGGGACAGACACAAGCUACAUACCUGUGCUGGCCUCUAAAGAUGACCCCCGGCCAGCCUGUAGUGUUAACUGUCACUAAUAUACUCCAAUGUUGUCUUUUUAGCUUUGUAAAGAUUUUUCAAAUAUAGUUGAUCAAGUGUUUGCUUGUUAAAUAUAAAUAUUUAUCAGUUAGAUUAUCAUAUGCAUUUGCAUGAAAUAAAACCCAGAUAAGCCAGUCCAGAUAACUGAGAGCAGUUAUAAAUGUUAUAGAUAAUUAUAUACCCUGCAUGUUUAAACAACUGAAGGGACAAAGCAAAAUGACACCAGACCUUCACGUGGUGUAUAUUGGCUUGACAUCCAUGAAAACAGUUUAUUUGUUCACUGGGUCAAACCAAUCUCUCCAUUGUCAACUUGACACUACGGUUCUGUUACAAAACCUAGUGAACUGCCUACGUAGGCAGCCUUUUAAGGCAUCAUAGGCGUGCUUCCAAGCAAAGGAUGUUCCAAAAGAAAUGACUUGCUUUCGACCAAAUUUAAAUGCAGCGUUGCAGAUAAUCUUCUAUUCCAGUAUGUAUUCCGAUGAGCCCAGAGAAAAAAAUCCAUCCAAAGAUGGCGGAUGAAGCAAGAACAAUAUUGAUUAUUCAGUAACACUUUACAAUAAGGUUCAAUUUGUUAACGUUAGUUAAUACAUUAGGAUCAUGAAUAAACAACUAACAAUGCAUUUUUACAUAAUUUAAUAAUCUUUGUUAAUUUUUAGUUAAUAAAAAUACAAUUGUUCAUUGUUAGUUAAUGUUAGUUUAUAUUGCAUAAACUAUUGUUAACAAAUACAACCUUGGAUAUUAAAAAUGUAUUGCUAUGUGUUGAACUUAAUAUUAACUAAGAUUAAUGAAUGGUUAACAAGUAUUGUUCAUUGUUAGUUAAUGUUAACUAAUGUUGUUAACAAAUUGAACCUUAUUUUGAAGUGUUACCGAUUAUUCUUAUAUUUAAUUAAUUACCCCAAAUUAUCUGAAUUUAUUUUUAGUCUAAUUAAAAAUGGGCUAUUUUAUCUAAUACUUGUUUCUGCUAUGUAUUUUGAUUGCUGUUUUAUUUUUGCAUGAGGAGUGCUAUUUGUAUGACACACAGAGUUGCUGCCUAGGUAGUGUUCCAAAUCAAUUUCAAUAAGGAUGCUUCCUAUGUACAUGGUAUGCAGUAGACUGCAAGGGGGCUCACAGGUUUUGUUGCAGUUAUCAGAAUGAUGCUUUUGAUGGGUGAUAUUGGAAUUUAUAUCAGUACAAUUUUAAUAGAGAUGUUUUAUUUAAAUAUCAGUUAUCAUAUGAGGAUGUGUUAUAUUUUUCUUUGCAUUCGUUUUUUAAGUUAUGCUGUAUGACUUUGAUAUAUUUGUAUUUAUGUGAUCGCUGAAUGUGAGCCCUUGGGUUUUCCAUCUCCAAAACAUCACCAUACAGCAGUGUGAAUAUUAUGUCUAUCUAUGUGCAUAUUCCACAUAGAUAAUUUUUUGAAAUAUAUGUCAUGAAAAAUUAUCAUCAUAUACUAUGCAUUCUAAGUAGCCUGAGAAUACAGCGAAUUGAGGAGAUUUGGAUACUGUGAGCUGUUCUUGUCAUGUAAUCUGCAAUAAUGAAUAUGUUUAUAGAUAAAACGGUGAUUAUGUAUACUAUGUUUGUUCUGCAUUAUGGUUAUAUGUAAAAUUGUGUCAUUGUUAACCAUGGCUCGGUCUCUUUACCCUACUGUACUUCUCACUGCUGUCUCUUGGGGGAUGGAAGACCCUUGGAAAAUGUCUGAACUGCUGUUGAAAAAAGCCCCAUCACACAAACGAUCUUUAUAUUUCCAGGGUAGUAUCACUGGAGGCCUAAUCAUUUACUGCAAGCAUGUUUUUGUUUUUUUGUUUUUUUUCAUAAGCAGGCCGAGGCAGAGGCUGCAGAAUUUUGAGGAAUAGAUUAAAACAUGGUAAAAUGUGAUAAAUUGAGCUAGGGUUACUAGACCAGUGGAUCUCAAAUGGUGGGUAACGAAUGAGGGUGGGGGGGGGUUGAUAUUUAAGAUAGCAAAAUAAAUAGACAUUUGAACUUUUGAAAGUGUGGACAAAUUGCUUAUAUAUAUAUUUUUUUUUAUAGUUGAUGUCAAAUGCUGUGCAUCCAAUCAAACUGCACACUCAAAAACUAAAAAAAAAAAAAGCUCUUUGGCAGAAUUUGAGUCAGUCUUGGACAGUGGUUCCAUGUGUUUGAAAUGGGUUUUCUUAACUUAAGUUUCCUAUGUAAUCUCAACACAAACACUGUGUAGAAAGAACCUAGUUGAAUUGGGUAAACCCAACAAAAUUCUUUAUAUAUUAUUAGUAAAAGUUAGCAUGGUAAAUACAUGCUGGCUGGAAGCACUAGAGUGUAGCUUAGUAGCUAUGCUACAGAUAGCACAGCAUUUGCUCAAAAAACCGAGCCAUCAGUUCCAUGUGUGACAUCUACCUGGCCUCAUCAUUAGCUCAAGCGCCACUCUUCACCCUCAAAACCCACAAAACUCCAAUAUAACAGAAACUCUUCUAAAUCUCAUCAUAAGAAAACAUUAAACAAUAACAAUUAUCCCCCUUUAUAUUAAUCUUGCACAAAAACACAUAAAUUAGCCCUUUAUUUUAACAUCUACUUCCCCUAUUGAGUCCCAUGCAAAGCAUGCUGGGAAAUGGAAAUCCCCUGCCCAGUUUCAUCAAUGCUACUUUAACACCACAGAAAGUAUAUAUGAAGUCCCAACUCAAAAUGAUUAAUUUAACAACCAUUUUACUAAUUUAAAUGGAUAGAAUGCAAUGAAAUCAAGCUGUGAAUCUUUUUUUAAAUAAUUGUGUUGCUUUAGUUCAUUUAAAUUCUUUUGAGUGUACAGUAUUUGGUGCAAAUGUUUCAGUCACUUAGUUAAAGCUAGCCAGAUUAGCAGAUGCCAACAAAUAUUUGAAUUUAAACAUUUUGAUUUGAAGAACAUUUUUUAUUAUUUUUGUUUGACAGACAAUUUUGGUGCCACUCGAUGUCCAAUGUAAAAUCUGAGUCCUGUAGCAAAACCAGUUGAGAACCACUGAGCUAGACUUUUAUUGGUGGCUGAAAGCAUCAUAUUAGCCAAAUAUUUGAUGAACAUAUGAGUUUGGAGAAAUGUAUUACUCUGUGAAUGAUGGCUGUUCCAAUUAUGUUUAGAUCUGUGGCCACAGAUUCUAUGUAGGCCUGCUCAUAACAUGUUUCGCUACUGUUUCUUUAAAAAAAAAAAAAAAAAAAAGAGAUUCAAAUGUUAUUUGAAUUGAUGUAUUGAAGGGAGGGUGGUCUUGUAUAGUGGAGAUGCAAGGUCAUCAACAAAUUUGAUUUAGAAACAUAAACAACAGGCGUGAAAGCAAUUGAUUCUGUUUGAUACACAAACGUCAGAACAGAAUAAAGGAAUGUUACUGUGAUAAAUAUGAGAGAAUUGUCAUAUAAAUAUUUGGGUGCCUUAUUGACUCGAUGCCACCUGAGGCAACAGACAAAAGUUGUUACAUGUGAUCCACUGAAACAAAUUCUUUGUGAAAACUUGCUUGGUUGGUUUUGGCAUUUACAGUUAGUCAUAUGGGAUUCUGUAAUCAGUCUUGUAAAUCUUGUGUAUUCUUCUUAGAUCUGUAGAAUCUAACAUGACAUACAAGCUAAAGAAGGUCAGACUACUGGGCAAAUAAAGAGAAACCAGGUUCCUGAUGCUCUGUGCAUGGCAUGAAGCAUUGGAUUUAUCUUUAUAAACCACGUCCUUCCAUUUGCACUUGUCCUUAAGAAUUGAAUAGCCACAUAGUUCUCAAGUGGUGUCUGUUUACUGUAUUUGCAUUCAUUCUAAAUGGAGUACGGAAUACAUCAAUAAAUGUCUCAAUGCCAUUGUGAUUUCUGAUUAAAAAUACAAUAACUUUUUAGAAAGAACAUCAUUAAAUUGAACAUUAUUUGGAAUAUUUCUGAGACAAGAUCGAUAAGAAGGUGAUGAUCUGCACACAGAUAAUGUAACUGCAUUUUUUAUUUCAUAUGUCUGGGGGAAAAAAACAGAAGACACAGACGUUUAGGCCUCUUAGGCCUCCCUCGUAAAAGAAUAAUCAUGCCCAUCCUCUAUUAUACAGAAAGGAUCUACAUGAGCUCAUCAAGUAACCAUAUAUUCACAAACAGAAUUUUUUUUUAAGACAAACAAUUAGCAACUAAAUAAUCACCUAAUAUAAUUGCCGAUUGGUGAAUUGCCAAUGUACUGUAUAAAACCAUGUUUCAGUUGUUCAACUGUAGUAAGCUCUUCAUCCAAAUGCAGAACAUAUUAUUAAAUCGGUUUCAUUGAAUACUUUGAAGUGAGGUCCCAAUUUCUUCAAAGAAUCAGACGAUGUACUGGCAAAGAAAAUCCACUUUUCAAAGAAAUGAUCAAGUAGUUUUUUCAAACAAAAUUAUGUAUUGAAGUAGCUUCCCCAGCCUCACAAAGUUUGGGGAACUGCAUGGUGGGAGCAAUAUUUGAUCCCUGCAAUCAGAAUGAGGAAUAAUUAAAAUCUUAACGCUCUUAGUUUAUUCAGUUCAAUACUGGAUAUUUUUACAAGCUUCAUUUUGUUUUUCAUGAAUUUGACAUUUCUGUUAUGUUCUGUUUCUGUUAAAAACAUAAAAAAUGUGGAU